AAUCAUUUUUAAUGAGAUAAAACAAUCAGAAAAACAGUUAUUACUUAAGUUCAGCGGGCUACUGUUCUCUUAUAGUAACUGAACUUAUGUCUGUACUCGCAAAUUUAAAACAAAAAACUGUCAUAAAAAGUUGUUGAUUU